UUCCCCCAUUGCCCCUGAGUCACCCCUUUUUGUGCCCCAGUUUCCCUCUACGGCCCAGCAGCACACCCCCCCCGUGCCUCAGUUUCCCCUCUCUCCUAGCACCCGGCGAAGCACCGCAGGACACCACCUCCACGGGGAGGGGGCACCCAGCCCCCUGCCCCCCCCCAGGGCUCUGCUGCCACCCCCUGAUACCCACCCCCACCCCCCCAUGCCGCUAGGCCUGGGCCGCCGCAAGAAGCCCCCGCCGCUGGUGGAGAACGAGGAGGCGGCAGGGGGACGUGGGGGGGCUGCUGGUGAGACCCCGGGGGGGCCGGUGGGUGUUUCUGGGGGGCCCCCCGCCCCGGGGCUCCCCCCCCCGCCCCCUGCCCUUCGGCCUCGCCUGGUGUUCCACACGCAGCUGGCACAUGGCAGCCCCACCGGCCGUGUCGAGGGGUUCACCAAUGUCCGUGAGCUCUACGGCAAGAUCGCCGAGGCCUUCCGCAUCCCCCCGGGAGAGGUGAUGUUCUGCACCCUCAACACACACAAGGUGGACAUGGAGAAGCUACUGGGCGGGCAGAUUGGCCUGGAGGACUUCAUCUUCGCCCACACCAAGGGGCAGCGCAAGGAGGUGCAGGUCCUCAAGUCGGAGGAGGCCCUGGGGCUCACCAUCACCGACAACGGCGCCGGCUAUGCCUUCAUCAAGCGGAUCCGGGAGGGCAGUGUCAUCGACCGGAUCCCAGUGAUCAGCGUUGGGGACAUGAUCGAGGCCAUCGACGGGCGGAGCCUGGUGGGCGCCCGGCACUACGAGGUGGCCAAGAUGCUGAAGGAGCUGCCCCGGGGGCGCACCUUUGCCCUCCAGCUCACCGAGCCUCGCAAGGCCUUUGACAUGAUUGGGCCGCGGGCAGGGGGUGGCCGUGGCGGGCCCCCCCCCCCCCGGGCACUGGCCGGGGCACCCUGCGCCUCCCGUGCUCGGGGACCUGCCACCGUUGAGGAGCAGCCGUCUGCCUUCGAGGAGCGGGCUGUGGCCAAGGUGGACGAUCUGCUGGAGAGCUACAUGGGCAUCCGUGACAGUGAGCUGGCUGCCACCAUGGUGGAGCUGGGCCGGGACGCCCGCGACCCCGACGCGCUGGCCCAGGCCCUCGACUCCCAGCUCGGGGACUUCGCCUUCCCCGACGAGUUCGUCUUUGACGUCUGGGGGGCCAUUGGUGACGCCAAGGUGGGGCGCUGCUAGGGUGCCCCCCCCGCUGCGGGGUCCCCCCAGGGCUGGGGACCCCUUCCCUGGGCCGGGAGCAUCCCUAGGGUUAGGGGAUCCCCCCCUCCCCCACACUGACUGCCAUGGACUGGGCCCCUCUGCUCGAUUCCAUGAUUGGAGGACACACCCCCCCACUUGCAAAUGGGGCCCCUCAAAAAGCUGGACCUCCCCCCAGAAUACCUGCUGGAGAGGGGGGGCUCCCCAGCAUUCCCCGAGGGACAUGGAGCCCUUACCCCAGCCAGGGAGCCCCCCAUGAAGUCCCCUCUCAGGACCCCGUAAUGGAGCUGAGUGCCCCACCUCAGCUGUAGACCCCCCCCAAAUUACCUGACCCCCCCUUUCCCAGCUAGGGCCUCCCGAGCAUGGGGACCCCCACUGCACCUUCAGACACCCUGCCAGGGGACCUGGGUGCCAGCCCCCUGAAUAUCGCCCCCCCAGCCCCCUUGCAGCUGGCCUAGGACCCGCAACAGAGGUGGGUGCCCCCCCCCCCCCCAUUUCCUGCUUUCCUCUCCCAUGGAUGUGGGUCCUUUUGAUCCCCUCCCCAAUUUUUGGGCCCCCUCCUCAGUCAGGAGAUCCCACUCCAUGUUCUAGGACCCCCCAUCCACGGGCCUUGGUGCCCCCCCCCCCCCAACAUGGCACCCUUCUAAAGCACCCCUGGGCCUGAAGACACCCCAGUUGCCGCGCCCCCCCCCCCCUUACCGAGGGCUGUACCCCACUACUAGGGGGAUACCCCCAGCCCCUCCUGCUUGGGUGACCCUCAGUCACCCCCCCAUGACACUAAUGUCCCUCCCCCCUGCAGGGUGAGGUAUGAGGGUCCCCCCCCAGGGGCUUUUUAGGGGGGGAAGGGGGACCGGAGCAGCCCUGUGUCACCGCAAAAUAUGAGACAGACCCCCCCUGACACCCCCCCGACCCCCGGCCUGCUGGUGCCAAUCUGAGCCUGUCACACACUGUCACCCCCGCUGACACGCUGUCACCUCCCAUCGCACUGACUACCUCGGGGGGAGGGGGGGGGACACAGCACAGCCUCCCCGCCCCCCUGUCACCCUGUCCUGUGUCCCCUGGGGGUCCCCUGUAGCUGGGGUUGGGGGGGGGCUGAUCAUGGCAGCGGUGGGGAGGGGCCUCCCCUCCCUGGGGCAUAUUUUUGUAUUUGAUAUGUAAAGUGCUUUUAACAUAAAAUAGAGAGAAAUUGGGAA